UACCAUCAUCUAUCUAACGGUUAUAGUCGGAUGCCCGGGCCUGUUACGAGACUUCCUCGUCAUACAUGUAUGUUGUCAGUUCCGCCGAGGACGGUGAUACUCUGGGCUACAUCUGGAAGCGAAUUCGGUGUGGAAGAUUCUCAUACUGUGAAGACGAAACACUCUCAGAUGCCCACCGCAUUGAGAUACCAAUAUCUUUACGUAUGCGGGCUUGCGUAGCAGACUCGGCAAAUUGGGGGCCUUCGGUCUCAUUCCAGAUAACCCAGGUUCCGCCUGCGAGGGCUAAAGUGUAUCGGGAGGGGUCGAUGAUGAGAUCGAGGGCGCUGAGUCAACGUUGACAUGGACCAGGCUUGUAAGCUUCCGCGGCUCCGACUCGCGUGUCUCCAUGUCCUGCAAGGAGGUCAGUGGCUUAGAAAGGAUAGCUAAACCACUGUGGCUUCUAGAGGCGGGCGUUCGGUCCUGGCGCGUCCAUAACGCUCGUCUUUC